GUGUACACUGUGAGACAGACAUCAACGAAUGUCGGGACUUUCAUGUCUGCCAACAUGGCGGUGUCUGUGUGAACACGCAUGGAAGUUUCACGUGUGUGUGCAGGAGUGAGUACUUUGGACCCAAGUGUGAGCAGGACGUGAACGAGUGCCAGAAAAACCCUUGCAAACAUGGCGGACAGUGUCAGAACUUUCCUGGAGGAUUCUUCUGCGAAUGUCCUGAGAGAUACACAGGAACCCUCAUGUGA